AACAACUUUUAAUGGUUCAGUUAGCAGUUUACAAAGUCAUCUGCUUGUAUUUACUUUCACUGAAUUCUUGCUGUGCCUUUUACGUAUUGUAAAAAUCGAAGAGACAUUUGUUUGUUAAAUUAUAACACCCGCUCAGUAAAUAUUUACGCACUCUGUUAGAUACAUGUUAAAUUAACAGGCUAAAGAAGAAGAGCCACAACCUUUUGGUGUGUCGAAAUUAAUUUGCGCUUGCAACCAAAAAGAAGUAUACCCCUAAAAAAAAUAGUUGUACGCAAUCAAAUAAAAACAUCAAAUGGCGUCAACUUCAAGACUGGAAAACAACAAAGUGUGCUGCUAUGCCCAUCCGGAGUCUCCGUUAAUUGAGGACUAUCGAGCUGGCGACAUGAUAUGCUCGGAAUGUGGCCUAGUAGUUGGAGAUCGUGUGAUCGACGUGGGCUCCGAAUGGCGUACAUUUAGCAAUGAAAAAAGUGGAGUGGAUCCUAGCCGUGUAGGUGGUCCGGAGAAUCCUUUACUCAGCGGCGGAGAUUUAUCGACAAUCAUUGGCCCGGGAACAGGUUCGGCAUCAUUCGAUGCCUUCGGCGCACCCAAAUACCAGAACAGGCGCACAAUGAGUAGCUCAGACCGUUCACUUAUAUCAGCAUUCAAAGAAAUUUCAUCUAUGGCAGAUCGCAUCAAUCUGCCUAAAACAAUUGUCGAUCGCGCAAAUAACUUAUUCAAGCAGGUGCAUGAUGGAAAGAAUCUAAAAGGACGUUCGAACGAUGCGAAGGCAUCCGCUUGCUUGUACAUAGCGUGCCGCCAAGAGGGUGUGCCCCGCACUUUCAAGGAAAUCUGUGCAGUUAGUAAGAUUAGCAAGAAGGAAAUUGGCAGAUGUUUCAAGCUAACAUUGAAGGCACUGGAAACAAGUGUUGAUUUGAUAACGACAGCUGACUUCAUGUGCCGCUUCUGCGCCAAUUUGGAUCUACCCAAUAUGGUGCAGCGAGCUGCCACUCACAUUGCUAAAAAGGCCGUGGAGAUGGACAUUGUACCUGGUCGAUCGCCGAUUUCGGUGGCUGCUGCCGCUAUUUAUAUGGCAUCGCAAGCAUCGGAGCACAAGCGCAGCCAAAAGGAAAUCGGCGAUAUUGCAGGUGUGGCCGAUGUCACCAUACGCCAAUCAUAUAAGCUUAUGUACCCGCACGCUGCAAAACUGUUCCCGGAGGACUUCAAGUUCACGACUCCGAUUGAUCAGUUACCGCAAAUGUAAAAUACCUGGUAACAGAAAGGAUCAAUAUUUAUAUUUAUAUACAUUUGUAUAUCGAUGCUCAAUUAUCACGUAUACGUCAACAACACGGAUAGGAAUGCGAAAUGCGUUUUGUAGGACAACUCUAGAUUUAAUUUCAGUAAUGACCAUACUUUAAUCACAACUCCAGCGACAACAAACAAGUACGAUUUUAUUCAUAUAGAAAUGCAGAAAUGCGAAUGAACUUCACUUUGUUGAAAUAUGCAGCACUGAA